UUUCCUCAUAAAAGUAUGGAGGAAGCGUACUAAUCUUCUGAAAUCUUACAGUAAUACUUUCAGAUAUUGCUCUAGAGGAUGAACCGUUUCCUCCAGCUAAAAAUACCGAGACAGCAUUGCUUCAGCUUGCUUUGGAAGGCUUAAAUGUAUCUGCAAUUAUAUAAGUUUCAGUUACGUGAUAUUUCAUGGGCAUCCAUUUAAACAUACAACUAUUAUUUUUAGUUGAAAUAUAGACUAUAUAAAGACUUAAAAGAUGUGGGAUCAAGGUGGACAACCUUGGCAGCAAUGGCCUUUGAACCAACAGCAGUGGAUGCAGUCAUUUCAGCACCAGCAAGAUCCAAGCCAGAUAGACUGGGCUGCAUUAGCUCAAGCAUGGAUUGCUCAGCGGGAAGCCUCAGGGCAACAGAAUGUAGUGGAGCAACAGGGAAUGAUGCCAAAUGGACAGGAUAUUUCGGGAAUAGAAUCUGGUCCAAACAACCAUAAUAAUUUUCAGGGGGAUUCCAACUUCAACAGAAUGUGGCAGCCAGAAUGGGGAAUGCCUCACCAGCCCCCUCAUCCACCUCCAGAUCAGCAGUGGAUGACACCAACCCCAGGACCGAUGGAAAUUGUUCCUCCAUCUGAAGACAGCAACAGUCAGGACAGUGGGGAAUUUGCUUCUGACAACAGGCAUAUAUUUAACCAGAACAAUCACAACUUUGGGGGACCUCCUGAUAACUUUGCAAUGGGGCCAGUGAACCAGUUUGACUAUCAGCAUGGGGCUGCCUUUGGUCCACCCCAAGGUGGAUUUCAUCCUCCUUAUUGGCAGCCAGGACCUCCGGGGCCACCAGGGCCACCUGCCCCUCCGACACCUCCCCAGAAUCGACGGGAAAGACCCUCGUUCCGAGACCGCCAGCGCUCGCCUAUUGCCAUGCCAGUGAAGCAGGAGCCUCCGCAGAUCGAUGCUGUGAAGCGUAGAACUCUUCCUGCCUGGAUUCGUGAGGGCCUGGAAAAGAUGGAAAGAGAGAAACAGAAAAAAUUGGAAAAAGAGAGGAUGGAGCAGCAGCGUUCACAGUUGUCUAAAAAAGAAAAAAAAGAAAGCGAAGAGACUGAAGAAGGGGAUGGCCCACGAUUACCUCAGAAAAGUAAAUUUGACAGUGAUGAGGAAGAUGAAGAAGCUGAGAACACAGAACGUGUAAGUGUUGAGAAAAUCAGCAGGAGUCCAUCCCCAGCUCCUCAAGAGGAGCAAAGUGAACCAGAGAUGACAGAAGAAGAAAAGGAGUAUCAAAUGAUGAUGAUGACAAAAUUGCUGCUGACAGAGAUUCUUUUAGAUGUCACAAAUGAAGAAAUUUAUUAUGUGGCCAAAGAUGUGCACCGUAAAGCAACUAAAGCUCCUGCAAAACAGCUGGCACAGUCCAGUGCACUGGCUUCCCUCACUGGACUCGGUGGACUGGGUGGUUAUGGAUCAGGAGACAGUGAAGAUGAGAGGAGUGACAGAGGCUCUGAAUCAUCUGAUACUGAUGAGGAGGAAUUACGACACAGAAUCAGGCAAAAACAGGAAGCAUUUUGGAGAAAAGAGAGAGAACAGCAGCUAUUGCUAGAAAAACAGCUAGAAGAAGAAAAGCUACAAAAUGAAAAAAUGUCGAAAGAGAUGAAUGAAUUUAUCAGCAAGGAACAAAACAGUAAUUUAUCAUCACAGGAGGGAAAAGAAAUUGAAGCAGAUAUGAUUCACGAGAAGAAAAGAUCUCCAAAUGCAAUCUCACUUGACUUAGAAGCAAAAAAAGAGGGUAGAGAAAAGGAGAGGACAGGCAGGAGUAGGUCCAGGAGCUCUAGUAGUGGUAGCAGCAGCAGCAAUAGCAGAAGUAGCAGCAGUAGCAGCAGUGUGUCUAGUUCAUCAUACAGCACCAGCUCAGGUAGUAGUCGCAGUUCCUCACGUUCUUCCUCCCCGAAGAGGAAGAAGAGACAUAGUCGCAGUAGGACCCCCUCACAUAAGGUUAGGCGCAGCAGAAGCAGGAGCUACUCCCACAGGAACAGGAGAGAGAGAAGUAAAAGUAGGGAAAAAAUAAGGGAGAGGAGAAGACCUAGUAGAAAUCUGAGCAUUGAAAGAGGGGAGAGACGCAGAAAUCGAAGUCCUUCCCGGGAGAGGAGUUGGGACAGACGUAGCAGUCGCUCGAGAGACAGACGAAUUAUCCGAGCCAGCCGCAGCAGGAGUAGGGAUAGGCGUAAGAGUGAAGACCAGCGUAGAAGUCCCCCUGGAAAUAGGCACAAACAUAAAAGUGAUGGCAAAGACCAAGAAAGGAAAAAAGAGCAGGGUGGGAAUACAGAUAAAGACAGGAAAAAGAACCGAGAAAGGGAGAGAGAUCAGGAAAAAAGAAAGGACAAGCCAAAAAAAGAAGAGAAAGAAAUUAAGGCUGGCAAUCAUGAUGACAGUAGGUUAAAGAGAAAAAGAGACAGUGAAAGAACUUUCUCUCGCAGUGAUUCAAUAACUGUGAAAAUAGUAAGACAGGACUCCAGACAGGACAGCAAAAAAAGUUCUACCAAAGAUAGCAAAAAACAUUCAGGCUCUGAAUCUAGCACAAGGAGUAGUUCUGAAUCCCCAGAAAGCAGUAAAGAAAAGAAGGCCAAGAAAUCGAAGCAUAUUCGAUCAUGCUCCGUGGAGAAAUCUCAAAGGUCUGGUAAGAAGGCAAGCCGCAAACACAAGUCUAAGUCACGAUCAAGGUAGUAUAAUUUUUAAGUAUUUUGUCUGACUUUUUUUUUUACCUUUUUUUUUUUUUUUUUUGCUAUUCGUCUUCAUGUGUUCAGCAUAUGAAAGUUUCGUUUUUUUUUUUUAAUAAAGUAUGGUAUUUAUUAUAUUUCUUGUCUUGGGCAAAAGUAACUUUGGAAAGUCUUUUAAAACUAUUAAUUAUUAAGCCUGAAGUGUGUGUGGGCUUGGGGGUCUUUUAUUUUUUGCAAUUAACUUUCUUCCCUUUCCCUUUAUUUUUCAGAUCAACGACUCCUCCUCGUCGUAAACGCUGAGGAAUGAUAUGGCACAAGUGCUAUGACGUUUAAAAAUUCCAUGAGUUAUAAAAGGCUUGUCUCAUUAUAGAGGCACAUUGUGGCUAUGUAGGUGAAACCAGAAUCCUUUUUUUUCUUUUUUUUAUCUGUAAAUAGGUGUAUUUUUCUCCAAAUGCUGCUCAGAAUUAAAUACCUAAUAGGAUUUCUUUGUAUUACUUUUUUUUUUUUUUCGAGAACGGUAGUGCUUAAUAAGAAUAUAAAACAUGCCAUUCUCUUUCAGCUGUAAUGUUCUUAAAUUACUCUUGAAUGUACUGUGAUGUCAAUAAAGCUCUUUAGUUCAUUUUUGUU